AUGGGUGGAAUGAUAGACCCAAACACAGCGUUUCUACGCGCCGCGCGCGCCGGUCAGCUCGACACAGUCGUCGACUUACUCGACUCUGGAGCCGUCAAGGAUAUCAACACUUGUAACUCGAACGGCCUUAAUGCUCUUCAUCUUGCGGCAAAAGAUGGUCACAUAUCUGUAGUAGAAGAGCUUCUUAAAAGAGGCGCGACUGUAGAUGCUGCCACAAAAAAAGGCAACACAGCUCUCCACAUAGCAUGCUUAGCGGGUCAGGAAGAUGUGGCUCGAGCGCUUCUUGGCGCGGGAGCGAAGGCCGACGCGCAGUCCGCGGCUGGUUUCACCCCUCUGUAUAUGGCGGCGCAGGAGAAUCACGCAGGCUGUGUCAAAAUGCUGCUGGCAGCUGGCGCCAGCCAAACCCUCGCAACAGAGGAUGGAUUCACUCCCUUGGCCGUAGCGAUGCAGCAAGGCCACGACCGUGUGGUCGCAGAGCUCCUGGAGUCCGACACCCGAGGCAAAGUGCGUUUGCCUGCACUACACAUCGCUGCAAAGAAGAACGACGUCAAAGCGGCUAUGCUUUUGCUUGAGAACGAACACAACCCGGACGCUUGCUCCAAGUCAGGAUUCACUCCACUACACAUAGCGGCGCACUACGGCAAUGUGGGCGUUGCUAAGGCGCUUUUGUCUGCUGGCGCGGACUCCGGUAGAGCGGCCAAACACAAUAUUACCCCCUUACAUGUGGCCAGUAAGUGGGGACAGCUGGCUAUGGUCGAUUUGCUCGUUGAAAAUGGUGCUAACAUCGCAGCCGUGACUCGGGACGGCCUGACGCCGCUCCACUGCGCCGCGCGCUCUGGUCACAGCAACGUCGUAUCACGUUUGUUGCAACAUGGCGCGCCCAUCACUAGUAAAACUAAGAACGGUCUCACACCUCUCCAUAUGUCCGUGCAAGGCGAACACGUGGAGACGGCUAAAGUACUUCUCUCAGAAGGCGCGCCAAUUGAUGACGUCACUGUCGACUACUUGACAGCUCUACACGUAGCUGCACAUUGCGGACAUGUCAAAGUAGCGAAAUUAUUGCUGGACAGAAAUGCAGACGCGAAUGCUCGUGCUCUAAAUGGAUUUACACCAUUGCAUAUUGCGUGCAAGAAAAAUAGACUCAAAGUGGUGGAACUGCUGUUGAAAUACGGUGCGAGCAAAUCAGCGACAACGGAGUCCGGGCUGACGCCGCUGCACGUGGCCGCGUUCAUGGGCUGCAUGAACAUCGCGCUUGUGCUGGUGGGCGCGGGCGCGGACGCGGACGCGGCCACCGCGCGCGGCGAGACUCCGCUGCACCUAGCCGCGCGCGCGCACCAGACGGACCUCGUGCGCGUGCUGCUGCGCAACAAUGCCAAGGUUGAAGCGCGAGCUCGCGAAGAACAAACCCCUCUUCACGUAGCCUCUCGGCUUGGCCACGCCGACAUCGCCGCGUUGCUGUUGCAACACGGAGCCGAUGUCGCGGCUGCCACUAAAGACCACUACACGCCAUUACACAUAGCUGCUAAAGAGGGCAAAGAAGAAGUAGCUGGCAUCCUCCUUGACCAUAAUGCACCCAUUGAAGCAGAAACCCGCAAAGGAUUCACGCCAUUACAUCUAGCGGCAAAGUAUGGUGAUAUUGGUGUCGCGCGAUUACUUCUAGCCAGAGGGGCACAGCCUGACGCACCAGGGAAAAGCCACAUUACUCCAUUGCACAUGGCCACAUAUUACGGACAUCCAGAUAUUGCGUUAUUGUUGCUUGAUAAAGGAGCAUCUCCCCAUUCCCUGGCGAAGAAUGGUCACUCAGCUUUGCACAUUGCUUGCCGGCAUAAUCACCCUGAUAUAGCAUUUGCUUUACUCGAACAUGACGCAGAUCCGGGUGUAAAAUCAAAGGCAGGGUUUACUCCUCUGCACAUGGCGGCACAGGAAGGACAUGAAGAUUGUGUUGAAAUGCUCAUAGAAAGAGGGGCUGAUGUCAAUGUUCCUGCUAAUAACGGUUUGACCCCGGUGCACCUGGCGGCGGCGGAGGGACGCACGUCAGUGCUGCGCGCGCUGCUGGCGGCGGGCGGGCGCUGCGGCGCGCGCACUCGCGACGGCUACACGCCGCUGCACGCCGCCGCGCACCACGCGCACCUGGCGGCCGCGCGUGCUCUGCUCGACGCCGGCGCCGACGUUACCGCGCGCGCCGCGCAUGGAUUCACACCACUGCACCAAGCGGCGCAGCAAGGGCACACGUUGAUUAUCCAAUUGCUGCUGAAGAACAAUGCGGAUCCAAAUGCGUUGUCUGCGAAUGGACAAACAGCGUGCGCAAUCGCCGAUAGGCUGGGCUACAUCAGCGCCGUAGAAGCGCUACGUCCCGUCACUGAAAACACUCUGAGCCAAGCUGUUGGUGACAACGGUGAGUACUUGAAGUACUAUUUAUAUCUUUGCUAUGGCAUUUCGAAUCUGGUAAUUGAUGUGUUCAUAGAAAAAUGA